UCUCUGUUUUUUAAAAUCACCAUCAUAGAGAGAGAGCGAGGACGACGAAACCCGGGAGUCUUACGGCACACUGCGCACGUUAGCGUAUCCAGCGCCACAUCUCUGUUUCACGAGGCUCCUUCUCCGUUCCAUUGAUCGUGCCGUCUCCCUUCCUGUGGGCUCGAAUCGGCGUGAUUCAUGGCUGAGUUGACUCAGGCCGAGGUGGUGUACUCGCCUCGGUCGCUUCAAGUGUGGAAGGCUCUUGUGAACUGGCUCGCUUUUUUCUACCAGAUCUUCCUUCAGAUCCUUCGUGCCGUUGGUUACCAUCACCUUCUCUCGUCCUCGUCGUCUUCCUCUGAUAAGGCCGUCGCUAAUGGGUUCAAACCCUUGCCGGUCGUCGAGUUGCCCGAGUUGGCGUCGGAAUCUCCCGCUACCGUAGAAAUCGCCUCAGGGAGAACCUACGGUGAACGCGAUGGCCAUGGCUAUGGCGGACGCUUCGCGAAGCUCACGGUUGUUCUUGAUUUGGAUGAAACUCUAAUCUGCGCUUACGAGACAUCCAGUUUGCCUGUUUCUCUACGCAAUCAAGCAAUUGAAGGUGGGUUGAAGUGGUUCGAGCUGGAAUGCAUAUCCUCAGACAAGGAAUGUGAUGGGAAACCUAAGAUCAAUUACGUCACGGUGUUUGAGCGUCCAGGGUUGCAUGAAUUCUUAGAGCAACUCAGCCAGUUUGCCAAUCUUGUUCUGUUUACCGCUGGUCUUGAAGGAUAUGCCAGACCACUCGUGGACAGAAUAGACACCAGAAAUGCAUUCAGCCUCCGUCUUUAUCGACCUUCAACAGUCAGCACGCAAUACCGCGAUCAUGUGAAGGAUCUGUCAUGUACAUCAAAUAACAUGUGCCGGACUGUUAUUGUGGACAACAAUCCAUUCAGCUUUCUAUUACAACCACUAAACGGAAUUCCCUGCAUUCCGUUCUCUGCAGGCCAGGCAAAUGAUACUCAGCUUCUAGACGUCAUUUUGCCACUUCUGAAGCAUCUUUCCGAGCAAGAAGACAUCAGACCGAUACUUUAUGAUAGGUUCCACAUGCCCGAGUGGUUCGAGAAGCAAGGCAUAUCGGCGACAUGCUAGACAUCGAAGAACCCUAAAAAAAAAGCCAAAAGGGUAAAACAAUAAAUUCUUCGAUUUAUACUUUCCGGGUCGGUUAGAGGGCAUAUCACUUCAUCAUGACCAUGACCAUGACCAUCACCAUCACCAUCACAGAAGGAAAGGCUUUCUAACUUCUUGUGACUACACAGAGGCUCAUGGAAGUCCGUAUAGUGAUUGCCUGUGAAUGCCGGAGAAGGGGAAUAAAGACCAAAGAAAAGGCGCAGAAAACAUGCCAUUGGGGGUAUAAUGUAUGAUAGAUUCGUCUCCAUUUAAGACAACCAUGUUUUUUUUUUUUGAAGGCGGAACCGGAUCUUGGAUUCUUACAUCAGAUUCUUUGGGUUCGUGUAAAAUUCCCUUUAAGAUUGUGAUUUUGUCAAAUGGUUUUAGUAA